AUGGAAGACGACCUUGUUCAAAAAGUUUUUACUUAUUUAAGUAAAAAGCAAUACCCUGAUGGAAGUCUAGAAGGCGAAAAAAGAGUCAUUAGAAAAAAAGCCUUAAAGUUUAUGAUUUCGGAAGGUGGGGAAUUACUAUAUAAGUAUAAAAAGAAAGACAAGCUUAUAUCAUGUGAUGUAUGCCAGAGAAUGAAUAGAAAGUUAAACUGUGGAAAACCAGAGAUGCACCCAAUUAAGGUUGAAGUAAUAGCCACUAAAGACAAAAUGGCAGUUACAGCGGCAGGAUGUCUGUUCAAGGUUUUCAUGAGGUUGGGAGUGCCAAGAGUUUUGCUGUCAGAUAAUAGGACAAAGAGUUUUGCUGUCAGAUAAUAGGACAAAGCAUGUUCGAUCUCUUAAAUUUGACGCUAAAGCGGCUUGGCUUUAAUUUGCAAUACUGCCUAUCGGACACCACUUAUGGUGCUUCAAGUUAUCAUGGCCAGUACAACGGACUGUAACAAAAGAUUACAGAAGCUGCAGACCACCAUGUACAUGUUUGGUGUUAUGCUCAUGUUCUCAACUUAGUUGUGAAGGAGGCAACCAGUUGCUGCAUUCAGGCAGUUUCAUUUUUUAACCUUUAGCAAAAUGUUUCAACAUUCAUAAAAGUGUCAUAUUGGCGAAUGGCGACUUGGAUUAAACUUGUUGAAACACAAAUUGGAAUGGAUAAGAUAAAAAGAUUGAAGUUGAUUGGUCGGGUAAAUCAAAUGCUGCAACGGCGAUAUUUGAAACAUUUGCUGCGCCGUUUUCAACAGUGUUUGUCAAUUUAAUUUUUUGUCCGUCAUUUAUAAGCGAAUCAGAAAAUUUUGAUGCAAAAACACGUCAUGAAGCUAAGACAUUCCUCAUGCCAUUCCUGAAAUUCGAUACCAUUUUGACUGCCUUUACAUACCUGCACAUUUUUGAAAAAGUGGGAUCACUUUCAAUAUACCUGCAACUCGUGGAUUAAAUGUGUUGGUUGCAUUCAAGAUGGUGGAUAAGGCUGCAAUUGAAUUGAAAAGUCAAUCAAGAUUUUUUGAUGAUGUUCAUAAUAACGCUCUUCAAUUUGUACGGAUAGCAAACGCAAGCAUCAUCCAGAAAACUGAAACCAUAUUAGAGGUGAAGACAGAACUAGCUGUUAAAGGGAAGCGGAAGACACAAAUGAUGUUAGAUGAUCAUACAUGACGAAUAUAAAGCUUUGGAACCCUACAGAAUUCCCACUUACAACGCGAUGAUGGAUUAGGUAGUCCAAAGUCUUGAGUCACGUUUCACUUCACUUUGACAAUUAUAUAUGGACAUGACAUAUUUUGAUACAACAGUUUACCCAGCAUUAUCAAAUUUUUACCAGAUGCCGAUGUUGAUAAAAUAAAGGCCAAACUGUUGUCAUUUGUGAUUAACUAUGAGAUUUUGAAAUUAUCUUGGCCAUUAACGACAACAUUGAGAGAGAAUGCAGAUCAAAAGGAUGAUCCAGAUUAACCGCGUUGUUAUAAAAAUACUAAUAAAGCAUGUGGAUCGUGUCGAUCUUAUGUGUUACGAUUUCUUGCUGCAUAUAGACUCAACGACAAAACCUAUGACAAUUUGUAUCAUAAUUACAAAAAAAUAUAUACUAAUUUUGUAACACAAACCAAAGGUGAAAAAUCGUUUUCUAAUUUAAAGUUAAUCAAGAUAAGAUUGCGAAUGUCCACUUAGAGUUGUAUAUGUUGACGUCUUUAGAAAAAAGUCUACUUGAUAGCCUUGAGUAUGAUACGAUCAUUCAAAGAUAUGCAUCUUCGUCCUCUAAAUUGUGCAAACUGUUAUUAAGAAUAGUUAUUGCUAUACUUUGCACUGUGAAAAUUGCACAUCACUUGUACUUUUUUAAUUCAAUCUAAUUUUAUUAUUCUGUGAUUUAAUUGUUUCUCUCAGGACUGAUUUUUUGAAAAUUGCGGACCGGGCAGUCUUUGUAAUAUAUAUACAGCCAGUCCGGUAAUAUAUAUACAGCCAGUCCGCUACUAGUGUCAUGUGUAGAGUAAAGCUGAGAAAGGUCUGAGAUAACUUGGGGCUACUUUGACAUGUGGAUAGCAUUGACAUUUAUUAGAUUAAAUAUUUUUACCUGUUGACUAUUGUUUAAUUAUUUUACCAUAUGUUAUGUUUAUUUGAUAUGUUACCAUACCAAAUAAACGAACAUAACUAUUUUUACUUGUAUUCUAGUAUAAAUAAAAGCAUGAUACAUAAAUUAAUUACAUUUAACUGUGGGCAUAAAUUAAAAUAAUUUCUUGCUUUUUUAGUAAACAUUAGGAUAUGGAUAUUGAAUGCCAAAACGCCCCCAAAAAUACUCUAAUUUUUUCAAUAAUGGUGCGCUGAAUCAUUUCAGGUACACAUAUAAACGUUAUCUUACAAAUUUAACAAAAUCCUUUGACAAAGUCCAAAGCUAUGGAAUCAAUGAGGAACUUUGCGCAUCCAUCAAAGCAUGGCUAUUAGGAAGAUAACAGACAGUCAUAACCAGAGAACAUGCCAUUGGGAAAAUGUUGCCACCAAUGACCCUAACGUACGCUGCUAGUAAUAUUUUUGUUGCAAUGUUCCAUUACAUUACAAGGCCAUUACAAAUAGUAAUAAUCUUAAAACCGACAAACCUGUUCGGUUUUAAGACCAUUACUGUUUGUUUGGAUCUUCCAGACAAAUUUAAACAUCAGAUCAAGUUUUACAAUAAUGGUAAUGCAGUCAUAAAGUUAUUCCUGGACGCGGGUUUCAUGCAAGCAGACAUUCAAAGCCCUUCAAAUCGAGAAGUAUAAUAAGAUAUGGCUAUGCCGGGUCUAUGCAUCUAUGCGGUCUAUGCAUCAUAUAUGCAAAUUUUUUCUAUUAAAUAUGAAAAAGCUAUAAAAGAUCAUAGAGUAUGAAUGAGCCAACCAUUAUUCUUUGGAGAAAUUGAUUUCAUAAAACCUAAAGAAAGAUUUAACAACUCGUUAAAAAACUAUGAUCAUAUCCAUUUUACUAUUUUACACUCAUUAUGUCUAAAUUUGUUAUCAAUUUAUAAAUUUAAGUUAAAAAAUCAAAAAUUGAUUUACACGGACCAAAAAUUUUACCAAAAAUUUUGGUCCGUUUUCAAAACUGCAAUAUUUGUGCGAAAUUUUUGAAAUAUUAUCACGGAUCAUUUUUUUCAAGGUGGACCAAAAUUAUCGCAAAAAUUUAUCCGGCCGGACCAAAAAUUUCAACGAAAAUAUUGGUCCGGGAUAAAAAUUUUCGCGGACCAAAAUUCCAGCGACAGUACUCACUUGUAGAAUUGAUAAGGUAAUUAUAAACGUCACACCAAAAUAUAUCUGGUAUUUUUGUCAAAUCUGUACUCCAAUAAGGUUUAUCGAUUAAAUACGGGUCUGGCAACGUUUCCUUAUUUUCUAAUGUCAAUUUUUUCUUGUAAUCUAGUUGAUCACUUUUGUUUAGUGUAUUAAAAUACGAAGAAUUUGACCACAUCUACAUAAGUUUUAUACGAAAUCCACUAAAAAAUAGAUAAACAAAGUUUUUUGACUGCCAAAUAGUGCGCAUGCGUACAUUAACAGACAAAAUCAAAACAAUUCAAACCCGUCUAUCUAUAUAGAUAGGCGCUGUGUAGUGUACAUGCAUUGACUGAGGGUUUUGGUACGGGGUGGCAGUCAUUUCUAUUUAUUUAAUGGAAAAUCCUAUUUAAUUUUUUACAUUUUUUACGUUUUUUUUUU